AUGCGUCAUGCCAGUAUUGUGAUCCCAGCAUUGCAUACAGAAGAAGUAUCAGUAGUAUCACUUGAAGUUAAAGAACAUUUUAAUUUGGAUAUAAUUUUUUUAUUACAUGAUAAAAAAUAUUUACAAGAACAAUUAGAAUCAACACAUAUUUGUAUUCGACAAUUUGAACAUAAUCUUGAAUUAGUCAAACAACAACAACACUAUUAA